AUGAGGCCUUGGUUCCCGCAGGAUCCCCUGCUGCUCAAGCUGCUCCGCGCCGCCAAAGCGGUCCCCAACGACCGCGUCAUGAUCCAUGACAUGUACGGGCUGCAAAAGACAUACCCCGAGCUACUUGGCGAUAUCCUCGAGACACGGUACCGGCUUCAAUACUGCCUCCCCGCGACAAGCUUCAACAACAAGGGCCUGCUCACGGACAUCUUUCUGUACCAGACGGCCUGCACCAAGACGGGCUACGAGUUUGCCGUUGCAUUUUUUGCUAUUCGCGCUCUGGGCGGCGCAUUUGUUCCUCUGGAUGCUGCUGCCGCGCUGGAGCGCAGGGCGGACACGCUCAUGAAGGCCAACGCAACGUGCAUCCUCGCGGACCAGGGAAGCGUGGCCGACGCGGAGAAUACAGUCCGCUAUAUCCGCGACAAGCACGUCGCGUCGCUGGAUGUUGUGCCCAUCUCCUGGCAGCACCCCGGCGUCGCCCCCGACAGCAUCUCCAUCGUGGAGGGGACGGAGCUGGACCCUGACGGACCCGGCUUUGUCGUCUUCACCUCGGGCACCACUGGCUACUCGAAAGGCGUUGUCCUGCGCCGAUACUGCUUCGCCGCCGCGCCCCUCGAGCAGGGCGACGGCGCCGUCGUCAACUACAACGCAAGCCACUGGCUGGGCGGCACCAAGCACAUCAUCGACGGUCUUUUGACCGGCAAGACGGUCUUUGCCCUCGCCACACCGGCGUCCUCGGCCGACGUCUUGGCCAAAUUCAAGGAGCACCUUGUGACGCACUUUGUCUUCAACCCGGCCCUUUUGCGGGGCAUGAAAAAGCUACUGCUGGAAGAGGUUGGGGAGCUGACGCCGGAGACGAGGAACAAGAUUGCUCAUUACUUUCGAGGCAUGACGUAUUUUCUCAGCAUUGGCGGCCUGGUCGACCAUGACACCGUUCAGUUUUGGACCGAUGUGCUGGGCUACCCGUUCCAAAACAGGUACGGCUCUACUGAGCUUGGUGGAUUGCCGACGUUGGGUAUCUCCGAUAUCAAGGUUUUGAUGCACUUCCAGGGCUCAGUGGGCAAGAUUGCUCCAGGCGUAGAGGUCAAGCUGUCCGAAGGAACUCAUGGCCGACUAUUCAUAAAAAGCCCGGACAGAUUCCUUGGCUACUUGGGGGACGAACAGAAGACCAAGGCGGCUUUCGAUGACCAGGGCUUCUACAAGACCGGUGACAUUGCUGAGCUAGUGGGCGACGAGCUGCUCUUCCACGGCCGCGAGCGAGAUGACUACAUCAUCCACGGCGACACGUCCAUCUCGACCGUCGAGGUGGAGCGCGCUUUGAUGGCACUGGGGUACUUUGAGGAGGCGACCGUCGUCGCGCUGCCUGUCUCGGAAUCUGUGCAACUCUGCGGGACAGUUGUCCGCCCCAAGCAGGGCCACCGAGCGGAGAUGAGCCUCGCCCGGGUACGAUCGGACCUCGAGGGCAAGCUGGACGAGCGGAAGCGGCCGGUUGCGAUGCGCAUCCUGGCGGCGGGCGAGGAGCUGCCGAUGACGGCGACUGGCAAGCCCGUCAAGAGACAGGUCAUUGAGGACUUCUUCUACGCCGGAGACUGCGGACGAGACUGGUUCACUCCAGACGCGCCGCCCCCGAAUGUCGAGUGCCAGGGUAUCUAG